CCUAACUUUUCAUCAUUAUCAAAUGAAGACCUUUUAACAAGAAACAAUGUUCAAAGUAUUAUUUUCAAAUACUUGUAGAAAGGUGCUGUGUUUACAUGUAAAUAAUAACGUAUUUUACCGCACCCUUCUAACAGAUGCUUAUAAAUGUACAACAUCAUGGAAUAAUCGUCUCGCAACACAAAUUUUGAAUAAUGUCAAUCCUGACGAGCUUUAUUAUGAAAUCGAAAAUAACUUAGGACAGGAUGGAAAGGCGACUGCAAUAGAUGUAGAUAUUUAUGCCAAUAGUGUUAACCAUGUCGAUCAUUUAGAAUCGUUAGCAGAUUUAUUGCAUAAAUUAAGGUUAAGUUCAGAAACCUCAAAUGCUUUAGAUUCAACAUCACAUGCAGUCAUUCGACUCUUUCAUGAAUGCGAUCAGCACGAGGAAUUACUUAAAAUAUUAAAUGACAGAAUAAAUUAUGGAAUAUUUUUAGAUCAAUUUACUGCAAAUAUUUUAUUAGAUAAAUUCAUAGAAUCCAGUGAUUUCACAUCAGCGGCCAAAGUAGCAUCAAUGUUGAUGCUGCAAGAAGAUUUUUCUAACGAAAUUAAUAAAUCCUUGUCGCUGCAUGCAUGCCUUCAAUAUAUUAAAGAUCCAAAGCCUUUUGAACCAGUUCCUGAAGUGGAUGCAAGUGCCGAAGUAAAACCUCAAGGUAAAAAGAAAAAAGAUGAAAAAAAGGUUCGAGUAAAAUUCUUGAGAAAUGAAUUUUUUGAUGAUCAUUUUGAUUUGAGAGAUGGUUCUUUAUUAGUUGGUAAAACUUUACAUAUGAUUGGGCAAAGUUUGGGACAAACCAAAUUGGGUAACAGUUGCUCAUUAUUGGGACUGGUUUUGUACAAAAAAUUUGAGAAAGCUCAAGAUCUUAUUCAAAGGAUAGAUAAAAAUACAGUAUAUGAUGAAGCAAGAGAUCAUAUAAAAACUGAAUUGAGUACUGUUGAAGUAAAUGAAUCUAAUCAGCAAAUUCUAGAAGCACUUAAAAGCAGUGUUGAGGCGCUGAAUGGUGGUUCAGGUUUAUAUGGGGAGGUUGAUACCAUUGUUAAGGAUGCCAUAAAAAAUCAAGAACCUGUUGAUAUUGCAAAUCAAGAGAAGCUACAUGAAGAAUGGAAUAAAAUUCGAGAAGAAAAACUGCAAGAACAACUUGCUAGAUACCAAAAAGCCAAAGUAAUAGCACAAACAGAAAAACAAUUAAAGGAAUUGGAAGCUGAAGAAAGAAGACUAUGGUUCUUCGAAAAUGAAGAACAAUUAGAUUUAGAAAUUGAAAAGAAACAGGUUUACUAUCCAAAGAAAUGGUUUGGUAAAAAGAAGAAGCCCAGAGCUAUUGACCAAGAUUACAUACCACCAGAUGUACAAAAAGAAUUUUCUUAAAUUAUCAGUUUGUUAAAAAUAAAUAAA